CCCCCCCCCCCCCACACACCCAACCCCCUCGGUGGCGCUGACCCAGCUACGUCCACCUCGCUGAGGGCCCUUCCUGAGCGCUGUGCAGCUGCAUCCUGCCUCAAACUUCCUGUCAUUGGCUGGACAAGGCUAUAGCCUCCUCUCUACCUCAACCCCCCCCCCCCCCACUCACACACACACUCACACACCCUAUUGACCAUUGACCACACACACACCAUUCUCCACCCUGUUGACAGCGGUUCAAGGAGAACCCCGCCUCCCAUACCCAUCCAGGUGCAUCCCUGCUGUCCGCAUCCUCUCUUCCCCCCACCUCCUCCACCAUGACCUCCAUGUCCAGCCUGUUCUCCUUCACCAGCCCGGCCGUCAAGCGCCUGCUGGGCUGGAAACAGGGGGACGAGGAGGAGAAGUGGGCCGAGAAGGCUGUGGACGCCCUGGUCAAGAAGCUGAAGAAGAAGAAGGGGGCCAUGGAGGACCUGGAGAAGGCCCUCAGCAGCCCUGGGCAGCCCAGCAAGUGUGUGACCAUCCCACGCUCUCUGGACGGGAGGCUCCAGGUGUCUCACAGGAAAGGGCUGCCCCACGUCAUCUACUGCAGGGUAUGGCGCUGGCCCGACCUGCAGUCCCACCACGAGCUCAAGCCCCUGGAGGUCUGCGAAUACCCCUUUGGCUCUAAGCAGAAGGAAGUCUGCAUAAACCCCUACCACUACACACGGGUGGAGAGUCCGGUCCUCCCCCCUGUCCUGGUGCCUCGGCACAGCGAGUUCAACCCCCAGCACAGCCUGUUGGUCCAGUUCCGGAACCUCACCCACAACGAGCCGCACAUGCCCCUCAACGCCACCUUCCCAGAGUCCUUCCAGCAGCACAGCGGUGGCAACGGAGGCGGUAGCGGAGGCUCCUCCUUUCCCAUUUCGCCCAACUCGCCCUACCCCCCCUCGCCGGCCAGCAGCGGCACCUACCCCAACUCCCCCGCCAGCUCGGGUCCUUCCAGCCCCUUCCAGCUGCCAGCUGACACCCCACCCCCGGCCUACAGGCCCCCUGAUGAGCAGAUGGGCCAGGAUGGCUCUCAGUCCAUGGAGACCGGAAGCAGCAUGGUGGUGCCUCAAAACAUGCCCAGAGGAGAUGUUCAGCCGGUGGAGUACGAGGAGCCCAGCCACUGGUGCUCCAUUGUCUACUACGAGCUGAACAACCGGGUGGGCGAAGCCUACCAUGCCUCCUCCACCAGCGUCCUGGUGGACGGCUUCACCGACCCCUCCAACAACAAGAACCGCUUCUGCCUGGGCCUGCUCUCCAACGUCAACCGCAACUCCACCAUCGAGAACACACGCCGGCACAUCGGCAAAGGGGUCCACCUGUACUACGUGGGAGGGGAGGUGUACGCAGAGUGCCUGAGCGACACCAGCAUCUUCGUCCAGAGCCGCAACUGCAACUACCACCACGGCUUCCACCCCACCACUGUGUGCAAGAUCCCCAGCGGCUGCAGCCUCAAGAUCUUCAACAACCAGGAGUUCGCCCAGCUGCUGGCCCAGUCUGUCAACCACGGCUUCGAGGCCGUCUACGAGCUCACCAAGAUGUGUACCAUCCGAAUGAGUUUUGUUAAGGGCUGGGGAGCAGAGUAUCACCGACAGGAUGUGACUAGCACCCCCUGCUGGAUAGAGGUGCACCUGCACGGCCCCCUCCAGUGGCUAGACAAAGUGCUGACACAGAUGGGCUCUCCCCUCAAUCCCAUCUCCUCUGUGUCUUAAUAAUGGCUCCUACACAGGGCAAGGGAGGGGGUUCAAUAGGGGGUUCUUGUACUCUUCUCUUUUUUUUUUUUUUUUAUCGUUACUUUUUUUAUUUUGCAAUGUUCUAUGAGAAAAGGAGGUCUUAAAGGCCAAACUGUUUACAUGCUGACUGUAGAAGGGCUCUUGAACCCUAGAGCAUCAGCAGAAUUAUGUUGUGAAAGAAACUGGGGCUACAAGCGAAUUGAAAGGAGCAGCAUGAAAUGGACACACUACUGCUCACACACUAGCUACCAACUUCUGCAUUGAAUGAGAGUAGACUGUAAAGCAUGUACCUGAAAAUGUUCCGAUUUUGCAUAAAAAAUGUUUCCAUCGUUUUUGAAUGAUUUUAACUAUCUGUAUGUUUAGUUUUUUGAAAGAAACAUUAAUUGUGUAUCACUCACUACUCAAUCUUACAUCAGUCAAACAACUUGCAAUUAAUCUGAAAGUGUCAGCCCCUCCCUACGGUUUGUCUAUUGCCAGAUAUUUACAUAAAGUA